ACAAUAACUAUUAAAAACUUUAAUUAUUAAGAUUUCAAUUUUACUUGUAUUGUAAAGAACUUAUUCAUACCAUCCAUUCAUUCAUUCGUUCAUUUCUCCCUCCCUGCACCCGUUUCCCCCGUUACGAAGCGAAUUUCGAUAUAAUUCACUAUGGAGCUUUCUGCUGAGGGUAAAACUCCUGAGUACAUGGCUCUUGCAGGCAUCAAGUUCAAGCUGUCUUUACCUGAACUUAAAGAUGAUCCUAAGCUGAAAGAACAAUUACUGCAAGGUAUCAAAGCCGGUCACAUGGCUCCUUACUAUAAAGAAGUGUGCACGGAUCUGGGGUGGAAUUUUGAUCAGAAGUUAUAUGAUGAGAUGGCAAAAGAGAAUCAAGAUAGGUUAUCUAAGUUCGAAGAAGAUGACUCGGAGACUCCAGUAUGGCAAGACAGACUGGACUACUUGUGUUCCAUUGGAGACAAGGAGGCAGCCACAGCUUUGGCCACAACAAAAUAUGAAGAUGCUACAUUGACCACUAACAGGCGCUUGGAUGCUAUUUUUGCUAUGUUUAGAAUUGCAUAUUUCCAUGGUUGCAAUGUUAAAGAGAUGGGGAAAGCUAUUAAUAAGGCUCAUGAGCUCGUAGAUAAAGGUGGUGAUUGGCGUUCAAGGAACAAACUGAAGGCAUAUGAAGCUAUCUAUUGCCUUGCUGUCAGAGAUUACAGUCAUGCUGCCGACUUGUUCAUUGAUUGUGUUUCUACUUUUGAAUCAUACGAAUUGGUUGACUUUGGUACAAUAAUUCAGUAUUGCGUACUAGCCUGUGCGUUGGCGUUGGAGCGUCACGCGCUGCAGGCGGCGUUGAGGCGACAGGGGGCGGCAGUGCAGGCGCUGCGCUCGCGCUUCCCCGAGCUAAGGGAGUUGGUUGAGUCCCUGCAUGAGUGCCGAUAUGCUGACUUCAUGAAGAGUCUUGCUUGGGUGGAAACUCAGAUCUGCGUAGACCCCGUGUUCCGGCCUCACUACCAACAUUACGUGCGUGAGGCGCGCAUCAAAGCGUACGUGCAACUCCUGCGCGCUUACCGCUCCCUCAGUCUGGACAACAUAGCCGACACUUUCGGAGUCACCCGGGAAUUCGUUGAAGAAGAGAUCUCUAACUUCACAGCCGCCGGGCGUCUGCAAUGCCGUAUCGACGCUGUAGCCGGCUGCGUGGUGACCGGCGCGGGCCGAGGCGCGGACGCCGACCGCUCGCAACUGUACCAGGCGACCAUACGCGAGGGGGAUCUUCUAUUGAAUCGCGUCAAAAAACUCGCGAGCGUCAUUAACUUCUAGGACCUAUGUGCUCCUGGUACUCUAACCAGAUUACGUAGUUGGUUUUGUCGCUUAUGAAUAGUUGAAGUAACAUUAGAUGUAGGUAGAUAAGGUACGUAGAUAUUGUACUGACUUAAAACCCUGGUAAAUAACGUUAAAAAUCCAUUAUUGUUAAGAACUAAGGUACAUUUUAGCUCUGGUAAUAUUUAUUUCGUCAGAAAAUGUAUCAGGGCUGUCAGUUAAACAAAUUCUGCACUCACAGCUUGCUGCUUACUUUUAUUUGCCAAGCUGUAUGAAUAACUAAUCGACUUUCUAAACAAACGGAAAUUCAUACGGUUUUCUUCAAUAUCUUGAGUGAUAUAAAUUAUAUUCGUUAACUACGUUGCCGAAUGUUACUUCAAUGUGUUUUGGCAGUUUCGAUUAUGUAAUAGAGCAAUUUAAAUAAAUGUUUCUUAUAUUAUCUACCUGAAUAAAAUUAUUUGUAUGAAAUUAUAA